CAUAAUGACCCUAAUGGCAAAAACUGGCACAUAAAUGUUUGUAGUUGUAGUAGUAGUAAUUGCUGCCUUGGGGAUAGUUUCUGGUCAAGCAGUGCCCCUUCGGAUGGGAAUGGGGGACCAGAAACACAUUUGGAAGGCCCGCUUUUCAUCCCUGAAAUGUCGGAAGGUGUGUUUUUCAGGAAGCAUCAGGGCAGGUGAGAUGUCCCUUUGGAUGGUGAAGGCAGACCCACUUGUACAUGGAGUCCUCUUUGGAAGGGACAUGGCUCUAGCAAGUAGGCCAUUGUAUUUGGUACCCAGAAAAGGAGGACUCCUCCUUGGGUCCUGUGGGGUUCACAGAAGCAAAGAAGGGAGUCCUGGAGGUGGGAAGGGUCUCCCAGAAGGGAUUUGGGAGGGUGCCCCUCUACCCAUGGUGCAGAAGGUGGAGGCCUCUCAGGGGAACAGGGAUGUAGCCGGGAAGGGAGAGACCCCUGGAAGAACCACAGGGGCCCCAGAGUUCCAAGGAGGGUCCUCGACCCCAGAGGACCAGCGGCCGUUGAGUUGGCAGUUAGCUGGUGAUGCGUCCCCCUUUGUGACGUCACCCGUCACUACGGUGUCCUGGGGUAGGAAUCAUCGCUGGCUCCCUUGAAUGAAUGUGAGAGUGGAAGAGAGCGGGUGUCUGUGAGAGUGGCUGAGAGAGCGAAUGUCCUUUAGAGUACGAUUGAGCGAGAUUGUGAGAGUGAAAGAGAGAGAGAAAGAGUGAGAGACUGAGUAUAGAGUAGAGAGAGAGUAUUGGAGCGAUCAGAGGCAGGGAUUUGUUGUUUGGGAUAGGGAGGGGGAGGCGGUUGGGGCUGGGGUUAGUUGUUGUUUCUAGUUGUUGUUGUUAAUUGUUAGUCUUAGGUUUAGGUUAGUGUUAGGUUUCAAGUCUUUUGUUGGAGAACAGCCACGAGCCUGUGGAUCAUGCUGCACAGGAUCCGAGCACUCCUGGGCAGGAAGUCCAGGAGAGUGCCCCCCCUGGACGCCCCAAGGGAGGCUGCAGCCUCCAAGCCAGCUGCCUCCUGGAGGUGGUGGUGCCUGUGUGGCCGCAGCAACCGGGUGGGCCCUGCUCCUUCGCUGCCAGUGGUUGUGGGGAGCAGCCAGCCAGAGCCAGUGGAGCCCUUUGCUGAGGAUGCUGGAGCUUCAGCACCCGGCAGCCUCAUCAAGGCCAGGCUCUGCCUGGUGAAUGAGGCCAGACCCGAAAGUGAGGAAGAAGGGAAGGACCGGAGGGACCGGGUCGUGUUUCUGAAGACCCUGAUCAAGGCCUGCAGGGACACCCUCCGGAGAGGGGAGCGACGCCUUCCCUUCUCGAAGGGUUUGGCAGCCCAGGCUGUGCUGGAGGAGAUGGGGUAUAGCUGGGAGGACCCAGUGCCCCCUUACCUCUUCUCCUUCUGCACAGAGGCGAUCACCUUGCUGAGUCAGAUGAAGCCCUGCUUUUGCAGGACCAGGGAACACAAUAUCAUCACUGAAUGCCUGUUUUGGAUGUGUGUGAUGCCAGAGCAAGGGCCGCAGCAGGACCAGGAGGGCCCAUUUCUGCCACCCGAGGAGGCCCUGCAGAGCCUGCUCAGAGCCCUCCUGGCCCAAAGGCCCACCCUGGAGCACCUCAUCCAUAUCAGUGAGGCCAUUAAUAGUGAGAUGGAGACCAAGGAUGAGCGGGAGGAGGUGGUGGCAGAAAGGGCUGGCUGUUUACUGCUCGACCUGGCAAUUGGGCCCCCCUUCCACUUUGAUGCAGAGAAGAUUAAGCCACUGCUGCCCUUUGCAGUUCUCCAAGUAUGGAGGAUGGCAGCCCAGGCCAAAGCCGAAGGCAGCUCUUCAUCUAGUGAAGAGGACCUCCUCCAGGAAGUUGAAUUCUGGGAUGAUUGAGGGCAAUCAGCUCAUGGACAUUGGACACCCAUGUGGCCAAAUUCAGAUGCUCCAGGGUCUCCCUAUGGAAGAGAAAGAGGGAGGAGCCGGAGGAGAAGGCCAUCCAGACGCCACUGCCUGCCUUGAUCAUGUGUGUGACACUGGCUGCUUCUUCUGGGUGGGCCUCGAAUAUUUGCUGUGCCUUCAGAUUAGUUGCGUUGAUGACCAUGUCCUGGUUCCCACAGUUGGCCCCCACGGUGUCAUACACACGGCCCAUCUUGUCUUCUCUCCCAGCUAGUGGACCUCUUUCUGGCACUCUUGCUUGGCACUCCCAACCUCCUCCUCCUCCUCCUCCCAGACUAUUGUCAAUAUUCUUCAUGAAGAAGUGUAACCAAGUGUGGUUUGAAAGCUUUUUAAAAAAAGUAGCGUGCCUUUACAAUCGGCAUGUCUGUUGUUGAACCAAAGCCUUUAAAAAAACCACAGACUAUCAUUGCGCUGAAGAAUAUCUUUUUAACCUCCAUGCCAAGAUGGUGGCAUCCCAAAUCCCAAGAGAGAGCUGCCAGAUGAGCUGGUGUAAUAUUCGACUCGUGGAUGGAUCUUUGGGCCGCUCAGUUCCUGAAGAGCCUUCAUCUCCGUGAUCCAGAGCAGAUGAGAGAAGGAAGGAAGCGGGGACUGGAAAUUCCGUUGGAGGACUAGGUGGCAGAGUUUCUUUCAGGACCUUUCUUCCUCCCACCCCCCACCCCCAAAGAGAUGGAAAUUAGUUACCAGAAAGCUGAACUGCUCCAUUAGAGACAGUGAAACAGUGAAGCUUCUUUGAUUAUUAAAAGAGCACUACCAUGUUAGAUCAAACAUCCAACCACCCAAUGCUUUGAGUUACUCCAUGGAUCUCAACAGCAUCACACUCGCUGCACAGUCUGGCACAGAAUUCAGUGAGCUCAGAAACCAUUGAAAUGGGCAGGCUUUUGCAUGCUGAACUGUGUUGGAUCGGGGCCUACGUGGGUGGGAAGAACUUUCUCGUUGACCUAUCCAAGUUGCUACCUUGUGUGCUUUGAGAAUACAUACUCAAGAACCACUGAGGCUGAGCAGCCAAGGCAGCAGCUGGAGCAACCAGCUCUGUUUUAAAUGGUGUUAAUUUGCUUUUCUUCUCUAGUUUUUCAAGGUUAUUGGCAUUUCCUUGGUUAGGUACUUGAUGGGAGUUUUGCUUUUUGCUUUUGGAUCUGCCUUCUCCUUCUAUGAACUUCUAAAGGAGUGUGAUUUCUACUUCCAUCCGUGUUACUGAUUAGUGGAAGUGUCCACGUUUUAUUGUUGUUAUUAUUAGUAGUAUCUACAUCCAGGAAUGGGAAACAAGAAGCGCCUGAGAAACAGCCCAGAGGGUCCGCAGAAGGGAGCGAAAACAUCGAAGCAAGCAAAAAUCCACAAAUCUUUGAAUAUCCAGGAAUUAGUAAGUUUUUUGGAUUCCUUUGAAACUUCAAAUACGUUUGUUCCUCUGGCAGACAUCACACCAGGGAGAACUGUUUCUGACUAACCCUAAAUUAGACUCUGUCAUUUACAAAAUGGAAGCACCAAAUAAUAACAUUGAAAUUGGGAUAUACUUGCCCACAGCCAACAAUUCUGUGGUUGCUAUUCAAGGACAAGUAGGAGGCUUUCUAGAGGCUUUGUUUAAUAAUGAAGAUUCAUCGUCGUCCAUCUUGAGGGACUCUCUAGUUCCUUCUGGAUUUGAUACUGGUACGAAUGAGGUUUCUGACCAAGUUAGAUCUGAUUUUUCAGAUUCAGCUCCCUCCUUCUGCCUCUUGACAGCUGAAACAGAGAUAAUAAUCAGUCAGGUUCCUAAUCAAUUGGAUACCAUUAAAAGAUUUUAGAGGAUCAAGGGUGGAAAGCACCAAAUGAUCCUACUGAUUUCAUAUACAAACAAUCACAGUUGCUGCGGGGGGUGGCGGCGCGGGGGACACAUAUUUCUCCCUUAAAACUGCCAGUGUCCAAAGAACAGCAGAGAAAUAACAGAAACCAGAGCUCAAAACAACAUACCACCAGAGUUCUACAUACUUUUGUACAAGAUGCAGUAUGAAAUUUUCCCAAGCAAAAUUAAAAAGACAGUGAAUAUUCAAGGAGGGUUACAACCUUCAAUGGUGAUGCUAAAGGAGGAAUUGACACUAUUAAGGAUGCUCUGAAGCAAGACCCCAAGUCAUCUGCAUUGAAUGGGGCUAAAUUCUCAUCGGCCAUAGGUAGACAGAAUUUUCAAAAUUGAGAUCAUCUGGAUCCUGUCCAUAAGCAUCACAAAGAGACCCUUGACCUGGAGUUUAUGAAACCGGCAACAUUACUACUGCUUGAAAAGGAUUUUGAGGCCCCUAAUUUUAGGCUGAUUGAAUGUGAAGAAGCUCUACGGAGUAAUGAAGCCAAACAGAUUAAAUCAGUAAGUCACCCUGUGGUUGAAAUUGGUGACCAAAAUUUGUGUCUUCCUGUUCCAUGUAUGUUAACUGAACCCUUAACUUCAACACAAUUGGAAAGACAGUCUUUGUGGUCCCGACCUUCGUUCGAGGCAAUGGAGGUGCCACAGAGUGAUUCUGCUGGAAUGAAUGGCCUACCUCCAUCAAUUACAGGUUCAGAAGAACCAGCACCAAAUAGAGAAGGAACUGCAAUUCAUCAUUUGGAAGUAACUAAGCGACAUUUAACAUCUGUGAGAUAUGUGAGGCCUUUCUCUUUGAUCACAUGGAAUGUGGGAAGUUGGAGGUCUAAGAUUAAGGAUGUCUCGUUGAUGGAAUCGAUUUCAGAUUCUGAUUUUGUGAUGCUGCAGGAAACGUGGUUUGAUGAAGAGCUUAGUCUAGAUGGUGUUAACUCUCUCUCCCUGAAUGAAGUUGCAGGCUCAGGGAGACAUAGAUGAUGUGGUGGGUUAAGUUGGUUGGUCUCCACUGCUCUUCAAGCAACAUUCACUAUCUGCCACCCUUCCAGCAUUUAGUGAUGGCUGUUGAGAUCAAAUUUGACAGUGUCCGCAUAUUACUGGUAAAUGUUUGUUUUCCACCAUGCUGAAGGAAGUUUAGAAACUAAGAGCUUAGUUUCUAGUUUAGAAAACGUUUAUUUUCCACCAGG